CCCCCACUUUCCAUUCCUCUACCUUCUAAUCUUUCUUCUCUUUUACAUUUUGGUCACCACCAAAAUCCUCUCUUGUUAUAAGGCUUCGAGACCAAAAAAAAAAAACAAUUGUACAUCCUCAAUCAUAAUAAUGUGCAGUUCGGAGGAUAAAGUGGCCACAAUGGCCAAAUUCAACGGGAGACCUGUUCUUCAGGCAAGUGGGGGAUCAAACUGUGUAAAGAAGUUGACAGCGCCGACGCCACCAAAGAGCAUAAAAGCCUUGGAGCGCAAGAAAUCAAAGAGCUUCAAGGAAGAGACGAGGGAGAGGUCGUCGCCGGGAAGCAUAGCGGCGGUGAGGAGGGAGCAGGUGGCGCAGGAGCAGGCCCUCCGCAAGAUGAAGAUCGCUCACUAUGGCAGAUCUAAGUCUGCCAAGUUUGAGGCCAAAGUUGUUCCUCUUCUUGACCCUUUUCCCGAUCAUAAGGAUGACAAGAGAUACUGCAGUUUCAUCACCCCUAAUUCAGAUCCCAUUUAUGUUGCCUAUCAUGAUGAAGAAUGGGGAGUCCCAGUUCAUGAUGACAAGACGUUGUUCGAGUUACUUGUGCUCAGUGGUACACAAGUAGGCUCUGAUUGGACCUCAAUCUUGAGGAAACGCCAAGAUUUCAGGAAUGCGUUCUUGGAGUUCGACGCAGAAGAGGUGGCGAAACUAACCGAUAAGCAGAUGAGUGCGAUUAGCUUCGAUUACAAGAUCGACAUGAGCAGAGUCAGAGGGGUCGUGGACAAUGCUAACAAGAUCCUGGAGAUAAGGAAAGAGUUCGGAUCACUGGACAAGUACGUAUGGGCGUUUGUGAACCACAAGCCCAUUUCCACCAGCUACAAGUUCGGGCACAAGAUCCCGGUGAAGACAUCCAAGUCGGAGAGCAUAAGCAGAGACAUGGUGCGAAGGGGUUUCCGGUUUGUGGGACCCACCGUGGUCCACUCCUUCAUGCAAGCCGCCGGUCUGACCAACGACCACUUGAUAACGUGCCACAGGCACCUCCCCUGCACCCUCCUCCCCACUAACAUUUCUUUUUUGGUGUGACGUCCUCGAGCGGUUUGUGUGUGAUUUUAAAUUAAUUAUUAAUGUAACAGUGUAAGAUAAAGAAGUGGGUUUUACUGGAGUAUUUUUUUUUUAAAAAAAAAAAGAGUGAAGGCAAAAGAAUAAGAAGUGGUGGGAGGGAGACAGAGGGCAUGUGUUGGGUGUCAGCAGCUGCAUGUGAGCCAUCUCACCCUUUCCCAAUGAUUCUUCUUCUUUACCUUUGCGUGCAUGGGACCUCCCUCCAUCAUCAUCAUCAUCAUAUAAUAUUAUUAUUCAUUUGGAUUGUGUUUUAUUAAUGUAUGCACAUCUUAGCUGUUGGUUUUUCUUCUUGAAAUCUCAAAAGGGUGUUGUUUAUAGAUAUGAUUGAUUGAUCCUGCCAUGUGCUUUGCUUCUCUGUAAUGCUUGUUAUUACCAACUACAAAUUCUUGAGAAAGAUAGUUUGACUGUUA